CUUCACUGUGUUUAUAAAAUACAUCAAUUGAAAGGUAAAUUAAAAGAUUCGAAAGUACACCGACACUUUUUUUGGUCGAAGAAAAACAGUAAAUAAAAUUAGUUCUUAAUCAGUUGUCGUCAUUAAUGCAGGACAUAUGUUGAGGAAGGUUUUACAAAGGAUAACACAAGUGAUAAAAUCUGUUAAAAUGACUGAUAUUUCACCCAGUAGUGCAGCUGUUCAGCAGGAUGACAAAGGAAACAAGAGGCCCUUAAAUGAGGAACUUUCUGAGCAGCAGAAAAAACAGAAGACUGAAUCCGGUGAACAGCCCAAAAAACUCCAGAAAAGAAAGAUUGCUAUGUUAAUAGGAUAUAAUGGUAAAGGCUAUCAUGGAAUUCAAAUCAACAAAGAAGUAAACACAAUAGAAAAUGAGAUACUAAAAGCAUUGGUAAAAACUCAGUGUAUACCACAAGAGCAUGCAGAUGUUCCACAGAAGAUGAGUUUCCAACGUGCAUGUAGAACAGACAAAGGUGUUUCUGCGGCUCAGAAUCUAUUGUCACUGAAGGUGAUAAUAGAUAUAGAGAACUUAUUGGAGAAGAUCAACAGUUAUUUACCUGAGCAGAUUCGAGUAUUUGGAUAUAGAAGAACUACUGGUGGAUUUGACUGUAAGAAUUACUGUGAUAACCGUACAUACAUGUAUAUCUGUCCGACAUAUGCAUUUGCUCCACUAGAAAAUAUUGUUACUGAUGAAUACAGAAUGACUGAUGAUGUUGUAGAACAUGUUAACAAAAUGUUAGCAAGAUUUAUAGGAACACACAGAUUUCACAACUAUACUUCAAAAAUAGAUGCCAAAGAAGCACGUGCUAAAAGAUAUAUUAUAUCAUUCACUUGUGGCAAACCCUUCAUCAGAGAUGGCUGUGAGUUUUGUGUAAUCACCGUCAGAGGUCAAAGUUUCAUGUUACAUCAUAUACGUAAAAUGAUAGGUAUAACAAUAGCUAUAGUGCGAGGUAACUGUGGAGAAGAUGUUAUAGAUAAGUCAUGGAAACCAGAACGGGUAGAUAUUCCAAAGGCUCCAGGACAGGGUCUCUGUCUAGAACAGCCUCAUUAUGACAAUUACAACAAGAAGUAUGGUACUGAUGGCAUACAUGCAUCAUUGGACUGGGUAGAGGAGCAGGAUGAAAUUAACAAGUUUAAGGAAGAGUAUAUCUAUUCUGAUAUCAUGAAGACAGAAAAAGAUGAAAAGAUUAUGAUGGAAUGGCUUGGUACAUUACAACACCAUGCAUUUGAUUUUGUCAAUGAUAAAGAUGAUAGAGACAGUAGAUUUGACAAAAAACGCUUCUUGGAUCAAUGCAAGCGAGAUACUGAUAUUGUUAUAACACCAGACACAGGCUUUAAUUUUAAAAGCAAAAGGUCAAAUUUUGACAAUUCUGAAAAUACUACAACCAAGGAAGAUAACUCUGAUGGACAUUCAGAAUCUGAAGUUAAAAUAAAAUCAGAAACCAUUGAAGAUAACUCAGAUAAACAUUUAGACUCUGGAGUUGAAAUGAAAUCAGAAUCUGAAGUCAAAAUAAAUUCAGAAAACAUAGAAGAUAAAGACUUGACCAAUGAAGUAGAAGUAGGCCAAGAUAUUAAAUCUGUCAAAGUUCAAUCAUAGCAUUAAAUUUACAUCAAAAUUA